UAGCCGCCAGUCUCCCAUCGUCUUUUCCUAUUUAUCUUAAAGCCCUUGCCUUCUCCAGUUUAUCCUCUCCUUCACUUCCCAUCACCGCCAUCCAUCCCUUCGUUCCUUUGAGUAGUACGCUUUCCUUCUUUCAAGAAAAAAAAAAUACAAAAUACAAAAAUAUAUAUACAUCUUCGCUCCUUUGAAUUAGUCUUAAUAAUUUCCAUUCGAAAGAAGUAAUGUUUUCGUCAUCCUAUCCGCAUCCCCCACCACCACCAACAACAUCAACACUGCCGUCGCAGACUGAACCACGUCAUCAUCAAGCGAACCAAACCAACCAACACCCAACAACUCAAUCCCAGCCUCCGCAAGAAACGUCACAUCCGCGGGUUCGCCAACAAUCCAUCAGCGCCACAGCCACCAGACAUGUGCCCCAUCAGCAGCAUCCAUCCACCAUCCAGAGCACCCGCCAGCCAAGCACAAACACCCCAACAUGCGCCAACUGUGGAACUAAUACUACUCCACUCUGGAGGAGGAAUCAAUCCGGUGCCACCCUCUGUAACGCCUGUGCCCUGUUCCAGAAGAUGAAGGGUCGUCCGAGGCCGAUCUCACUCAAGACUAACGUUAUCAAACCGCGCAACCGGAUCAAGGCCAUCGACAGGAUGCCAGCGAAUCCGGAGAACAAGAGCAGCAACACCAAGAAUGGUGGCCCCAGACAGCUCGCCAGUGGGAGCGGUACCACCAAUACCCCCCUCCAUCCGUCCCUCUAUCAGCAGCAGCAACGCCACCCACAACAAAUCCACCAACAGCCAAGCAGCUCUCGUGCUCAUAGCAGCCAAAACUCGCCAACCUCUCCUAUCCCUCUUGCUAUCCAACCUUAUCGCAAGCCAUCCUCCCACUAUCCAGCUAGUGCAAAAUUCUUGCGCCCCAAUCCCCAGCCACUCUCUGUUUCAUCGGCUCAUAACUUGCCGGCGUCCAGCUACGGGCACUCCCAAUCCGCGCCUACUGUGCCAAGUACUCUGAUUAGAUCAGAUGCUCACUCUAGCCGCAAGAGCUUGCCGGGUGGCCCAGACCCAUUCAGUCACCCCUCCUCACUCACUCACCCCUCCGCCCAGCCCAAGCGCAGGAAACACAGCUUGGCCAUCGCGACGGAGAACACCUACCCAACCAGUGCUGCCCCUCUCUCCGGCUCGCCAGAUCACGGCAAACGUAAUCAUCUCAAGCCGCUCCCCUCCGCCAAUACUCUCGCUCGGCUUCCUCCCCCCAACUCCCGCUAUUCACCGCCUUCCCUGCGCCACUCUAGAGUCUCUGAUCAUUUCCAGCUGUCUCCCACAGAUGACCAUGUGAAUAGGAACAAUGCUUUCUACCCCUCCCAAUCCCAGCAGGCCAUGGCUGAUCAAGGGACAUCGACAACCGAGCGGGUUUCCGGAAGGUGUCUCUCGACGGUUGUCCUACCGCCGCUCUCGCAGCUGACGCGGCAUCUGAACGAGAAUGCGAAGCCGUUGGCGAGGGUUCGAACGACGGAGCUCGGGCCGCCGAAGUCGUUUGAGGAAAGUGCCCGGGAGGCCCGGCUACACUCGCCGGUGUCGCCGUACAACCACCUGCUAGCGAUCCCGGCGACGGUCGAGUCCCGACGGGCGCUGUCGGUGCACUCGUCGAUCUCCGACCCGGACUCUGUCCUCUCUCCGAUCCGCAUCGCCAGCCCGACCGUCCACAACAACAGCUCCUCGACCCCGCCCGAAAGACUGCCUCGGCACCACCUGCUCGAGACCCCCAUCUCCCCCGUCUCCCAUCAUUGGUCUCGCGAGGCUGCUGGCCAUGAUGAUUCUCAGGCGCCUCUCGAGGAGGUCUGUCAACUCAAGAAGCGGAUCGCCGAGCUCGAGCUUCUGAACGGCAGGAUGGUCAGUCGGCUCGACCAACUCGAGCGUCGUCCGACCAGCACCUCUCCCAUCCCCCUCCAAGCCCUCGAGAACAAUCGGCCUGAAGAGCUCGAUUGCUCGGCUACCGAAUCCGACAACGAAAUCUCGAUCAAUACCACUAGCUUUGUCGAUCAUUGUCAGCCGGCCGACACUCAUCUCGAAGAGUUUGAUGAAGAGGAGGACGAAGAAGAAGAAGACAUGAUCGAUGAAACUUAUUGAUCAUCCCUGCGCCUUGCUCGCUAUUCCUUCAUCACUCUUGAUUCUUUCAUUCACAUCCCAUCCAUUCUUUUUUUUUCAAAUACCAUCCCUUUUUCUUUACACACAUAUCCUCGUUCUUUUUUUUUGUGGUACUUUUUGUGUUGAUAUCAAGGAUUGAGGAAGUCCAGAUCGACGGACGAGGAUAGAUGGUACCGAUCCGCAGAGAGAUAUGUCUGCGCGUGCGCGCGGAAGCCAGCCUGAUCUCCUUCCCCCUGCAAUAACGGUUUGGCUCCCUUGAGCCCCGCCAGGAUUGGUCUGUUUCCAAGUCUGGGGGAUCUGAGGGAGCCGACGGACGAGUUUUCUGUUCCAGCUUUUUUUCUUCAAUGGCUCACUUUCCCAACAUCUCCCACACCUCAUUCGCCCAUUCCUCUUUUUUUUUCUUCCUGUUCUUCGAGUGCUCUCAUCAAGCGGGCUUCUUGAGACCAAACUGCACAACCCUCGCUCUUCCUCCCCCCACCCUUUUUUCUUCGUUGAAUUGUAUCAUAACCCUCUGGCCUUCUUCGGAGUGUUCUUUCUCAUCCUACACACUUACUCUUUCAUCGUCGUUUUUCCAGCCUCAUUCUUUGCUUAUUCAUUUUUUUUUUUGACAUCUCUGCGCCUUGCCCUUUCUUUCUUUCUUUCUUUCUUUCUUUCUUUUGGUUUUUGGGGUUUCCUGUGCUUUCUUUUUUUUUGGGUAUUUCUGGUCAUCUAAAUCCACCCGUUUGAUCGCUUCACAUCCUCAUAUAUAUAUAUAUUAUAUCGAAAUAUUUAUAUACCUUUAUGAUCAGUCUAAUACACACAUCCACAUCCUUCCAUCUGCAAUAAUCCUUUUUUUUUUUUAAUCAUGCUCCAUUUUCUUCACAUUAUCCAUCCACCCAAUCCUUUUUCCGUUUUUUCUUUUC